AUGCCUAUGCUUAUUCACUCGUUCGCUCAGAUCUUUGGGAUGGACCCACUCCCCGUUGACCGCGGGAGUAUCGCAUUCUUUUCUAGGGCGACGUGGAUUCAACAUGCGCUCGGUGACCCUUGUGCAUUUCACACUACUCUUUAUGCCGCAUCAGCCCAUUUGGAUGCGUUUCAAGGUGCCAAUAUUAGCACAAUGACCUUAUAUCACCACACAGUGGCACUGCAGUUGCUCCAGGGGAGACUUCAUGACCCGGACGCAGUAAUGAGCGAGUCUCUUAUGGCCUGUGUUGCAACAUUGGUGUUUUUCUCGGCCGCCUUUGGCGACAAAGAAUCAUCUGGCAUCCACAAGAAAGCGCUGAUGAAGAUGAUUAAAGCAAAAGGUGGCCUCGUGGAUCCUACCAUUGGCACGUUUCUGUCAGAAGUGAUCACCGCAGGCGUUCUCUCCGAGGCCAUUAUCAUAGACACCACGCUCGACAUUCCAUUCUUAGACGUUCCUCCAACUCCUCUUGUCCCCCCAAGCUUUUUCAUCUCUGCCAUCCUCCGUCGAGCAGCCACCAAGAAAGGAGGCUACUAUAACCUCUCCCCUAGCACGACCGAGAUCUUUAGAGAGAUUCAAUCCGUGAUCUCCCUUCAGUCGGAUGAACCUGGUAUUCGAGCAAAAUGGGCAAGCAGAAUAGCCCCUUUGUUGUUAUCCUUAGACCACCGACAUACAGGGCAAUUUAUCAAUGAUGAGUUUCUCGUAUCGGACACCGAGGCAAUAAGUGAGGCUUGCCAUGUAGCGGCCUUGAUCUUCUGGUUAUUGUUUCUUGACGACCACGAAUAUCUUGCUCCGUUCUCCAUGGAUGUCUUGCAACUUUUGGUUGAGAAAUUGCGUUUUGCGGUGUCCUGUGGAAGCAUGGAUACAUGGAUGAGAACCGCUCCGGAAGCGCACACUUUCCCUUAG